AUGACCUCGCACGAUGAGGCGGUAGAAAGUUGCAAAUUCGCCAAAACGGGUGACAACGACCCUGUACCUACACUAGUAUCCAUAGACACCCUUGAUGAGCAGGAAUUCCUAAACAAAAACAUAUUUAAUCAACCUGGCAUCGUGGACAGUAUUUGGAUCGGGGCAAAACGUGGUAACCUAAGCACCUUUGUGUGGGACGAUGGCACCGGUAUUGACUAUGACAACUGGGCCGAGCAUAUGCCGUCUAACGAUAAUAAAGAAAUUGCCGAUUUGCAAGCUAAUACCGUUCCCAUCAAUUUCAUCUACGUACAAUUGGGCGGUCAAAAACGCCCACAAGAAUUGUGGCCUAUGUACAAGUGGGCAGAGAUUACUAGUAAUUACCAUGGUCGAUUUUUUAGAGCUGAGUAUGCCGGUUUGAGUGAACCAUUCGGUUACGCGCAGGGAGCUAGCACAAAAAGGCUAGUCUCGGUUACCCAGGAGAACUGUCAUUAUGAGCAAAGCGAUUACGAGUCAAUUGAACUAAUACCGGGCAAGGAAAGCAUAUAUUUGCUAACUGGGCAGCGUAUUAAAAAAGAUAAUACGGGUCUUCAAUUUAAAAUAUCCGACGACGAAAUUAAGCCAGAUAAUGAAGCUAUACGCAUUUUCCAACGAAUUCCUUGAUCAUAUUUAUUUAUAUAUAUAUAUAUCAUACAGUAUGUAACAUGUAAUAAUUAUUUGGCGUGUCGUUGAUUAUAACAAUAAUAUUAAAUUUAAAUAAGCUUAUUUUUAAAA